UAAGAUCUGACAUUUACUCUGACACUGUUUUUUUAUAGUAAUGUUAAUUUAAAUCUCUAAUAACUGUUGCACACUUGCCAAAAAAACACUGAAAAAAGAUUAAAAAGCCGAGAAAGCUAACAAGACUGUAAAAUGAAACGAGGCAAAUGAGACGAUUAAGUGAAAACUAUAGUGCUGUAGUCUGCAGUACAGUUAUGUUAUGUAUAUGUAUCUCGAAGGGAUUCAAAAACUAUAAUUUGAAAAUUAACAAAACAAAAGCACGUCUUGCUUGAAAGAGAUUCAAAGGUGGAAGAAGUAGUGUUUGUUUGUUUAUUAUAGUGACAAGUUUAGAAAAAAAUCAUGAUAAGAUCAAAUGCUCCAAGUAAAGUUGGCAAACGCCCUUUGCUUGCAGAAAUCACAAUCAACAGUCAAUUAACACAAAGUAGGCUAGAUCUUUUUGAGCUUAAAAAACCAGCAAGCAAAGAAAACAAGCGAAGAAGAACUGAAAAAAUUGUACAAAUAUCAGAUCGCAAAGUGAGUGUUCUGUCAAUCAAUGACGUUUCUGUGGUGCAAGAAGUCAUAUCAGAGCACGAAGAAAGAAUAAAAAAACUUUUGACGAAACCAUUCAAAUGUCCAGUACCCGGUUACGAAUGUAGCGGUCGUCCAUUAGGUUUUCGUUUUGCAGGCCCCAGGAGAGCUCUGCAUGAUCCAGAUGAGGCCAAUGCUCUAGUUGUUUAUGCACCACCAGAAAUUUCAGAACAUGAAAGUAUAAAAAUUGAUGAAAAGCACAAACUCGUACAUGUAGUAGUAGAUCCAAUUUUGUGCAAUGUACUCAGGCCUCAUCAAAGAGAAGGUGUGAAAUUCAUGUACGAAUGUGUUACUGGUAAAAGAAUUGAAAAUGCUUAUGGCUGCAUCAUGGCUGAUGAAAUGGGUUUAGGUAAAACAUUGCAGUGUAUUACUUUAUUAUGGACACUUUUGAAACAAGGCCCUGAAGCAAAGCCUUUAAUUGACAAAGCUAUUAUUGUCGCCCCAAGUUCACUGGUUAAAAACUGGUACAAUGAAAUUUUCAAGUGGCUUAACAGCCGAGUAAAACCACUUGCAAUUGAUGGCGGCAGUAAAGCAGAAAUAGAUACAAAGUUAACUAGUUUUAUGAAAACUUAUGGUCGAAGGUGCGCAAAUCCUAUUCUUAUUAUUAGCUAUGAAACCUUUAGAUUACAUUCUCACGUUUUACAUCAAGAUGAGGUGGGAUUAGUUUUGUGUGAUGAAGGACACAGACUGAAAAAUUCGGAAAACCAAACGUACCAAGCAUUAAUGGGGUUGAAAGCCAAGAGAAGAGUUCUUUUGAGUGGAACUCCUAUUCAAAAUGAUUUGCUUGAGUAUUUCUCGUUAGUUCAUUUCGUUAACGCUGGUCUGUUAGGAACAGCUCAGGAAUUUAGAAAAAAAUUUGAAAAUCCUAUUCUUCGCGGACAAGACGCAGGAGCCACUGACAAAGAGCGAGCACUUGCUCAAGAAAGACUCUCUGAAUUAGUUACAGUUGUCAAUAAGUGCCUUAUAAGGCGAACAAGUGCAUUGCUGUCUAAGUAUUUGCCUAUAAAAUAUGAGUUAGUGGUGUGUAUAAAAUUGACGGCUCUCCAAACUCAACUGUACAAAAACUUUAUCAAAAGUGAAAGUAUUAAAAAGUCAAUGCAAGUUGCUGAUGGUGGUUCUGGAAAAAAGGGUGGAGGCACUCUCAGUGCUCUGGCUGCAAUUACUUCUCUGAAAAAAUUGUGCAAUCAUCCAGAUCUUGUUUAUGACAAAAUUCAAGAAAAUUCAGAUGGUUUCGAGGGUGCAGCUAAAUUACUCCCAGCCAAUUACAGUACAAAGGAUGUUUUGCCAGAAAUGUCUGGAAAAUUAAUGGUAUUGGACUGUCUGCUGGCACUCAUAAAGUCCACUACAAGCGACAAAAUUGUCCUGGUGUCAAAUUAUACACAAACUCUUGAUUUAUUUGAAAAACUUUGUGCAAAAAGAAAGUAUAAAUACGUUAGACUCGAUGGUACCAUGAGUAUAAAAAAAAGAGGCAAAGUUGUCGAUAAUUUUAACAAGCCAGAUAGCGGCGAUUUCAUAUUCAUGCUGAGUUCGAAAGCGGGAGGCUGUGGUUUAAAUUUAAUUGGUGCCAAUCGACUUGUAAUGUUUGAUCCUGACUGGAAUCCCGCAAAUGAUGACCAAGCUAUGGCUCGGGUUUGGAGAGAUGGUCAAAAGAAACCAUGUUUUGUUUACCGUUUUCUUUGUACAGGCACAAUUGAGGAAAAAAUUUUCCAACGACAAGCACACAAAAAAGCUUUGAGUUCAACUGUAGUGGAUCAAGAUGAAGAUGUGGCAAGACACUUCACCCAAAAUGAUCUGCGAGAUCUGUUUAGUCUUGAAGAAUCGACAGUGUCUGAUACACAUUCGAAGUAA